UCCUGCGGCUACGGCAGCUGCCCCGAAAGGCGCAAAUUCACCUGUUUAUUAACAAAUUAUCUCACCGUUCCUAAUAAAUAUUAAGGGAUGAAACUGAGACUGUUCAAAAGGCAAUUAAAUUCUACUUGAUCAGGUCAAGUUUCAUCCUUUAACUUUGAAAACUUGAAAUAAAAAAGCAGAAGGAAAGUCGAUGCGUGAUCUGUGCUCUGAAAUUCCAUUGAGUUUGCCAUCGCACUAAGAUUUUCCCAAUGUUUCUUAAUUGUUAUUCCUCGAAAUCUCUCUGGUUAUUAAUUUUGGGCACCCCGGUCUCUUUGGCGAGUGCAGCACACGAGUAACUUGCUUAACCAUAAGUUUUCGUCGGCUAAUUGGAUACAGCUAUCUCUUUUUCUCUUUACUGGUGAUCAACGGAGGUUAGGAUUUGAUAAAUUAAGGAACAAAUACUUUUUUUGUCGAAAUACCGAAGAUGGCAGCUACAGAAGAAAUGAAUCCGCUCGAUAUCUCCAAAUUUGCUAUGAGCUCUUGUUUCAGCGAUGUGACUAUUAUUGUUCAAAAUGAAAAAAUUCCAAGUCAUAAGUUGGUCCUCGGUGCAGCCAGUCCAGUCUUACUAUCGCUGCUGACAUCAGACAUGAAGGAGGCACGUGAAAAUAUCAUUGUUAUCGAAGAUGUCGAAUUAUACGUCAUGAAAAUUGUUCUGAAGUAUUUAUACACUGGAGCUAUAGUUUCCAGUGGCUAUUUGACGUAUUUGAGGAUUCUAGCUGUAGCUGAGAAGUAUGCCAUGAGCUCACUCAAAUCGCUCAUUGAAGAGGAGUUGAUGGCGAGUAUAAAUGCCACCAAUGUUAUCGAGAUUCUUGAUUACGCUAACCUGCAUCGAGCGAACAAACUGAAACAGACAGCUAUGCAAUAUAUCAUUCACAACAAGCAUAACCUGAUAGGUUCAGAAAGUUUCAAAGCCCUUUGUUAUAACAACCACGAGCUAAUGAUGGAGUUCCUCAUUUUGUUUGCCAAGAGGUAAUUGGUGGAACCUCGUCGCCAACUUGUGACCUGUUAACGUUCGCCCCCUUACCACUUGAAUAUAAUCGAAGAACGUUAUUAUCGUUGUAAAGAAUUACAAAAUCUUAUCAUCUAUUGAACUUGACCAGAAAUUCAUUGUAGCAAAAUGGUAUAUUACCUGAAGUUGUGCGUUCUGACGAUCUUUAUUGUACAACAUAUUUUUGGCAAUAAAAUUUUUCAACAACUUUCAAAAAAUCAUC